AUGUGUACUCUGAUGGCUGAACCCAAGGCUCCCGUGUCUGCCCAAGCGAUGGGUGAGGCACAGCAUUCAGAUAUUGAGAAACAGCAGGCUGUCCAUGACGACGAAGGCAUUGAACUCAAGGAGAAGUCGGCUACGGUAGACUACUCCGGCGCUGCGGCCAAGACGGACCCGGCUGAGAUCCGGCUAGUCAGGAAGCUGGACUGCUGGAUUAUGCCUACCCUCUGGUUGAUGUACUGGCUCAACUUUCUCGACCGCAAUGCCAUUGCCGUCGCCCGUCUGAACCACCUCGAAGCCGACCUCGGCCUGUCGAGCGUACAAUACUCCACGUGUGUCUCGGUCCUCUUCGUCGGCUACAUCCUCGGGCAGGUCCCCAGCAACAUGCUCCUCACGCGCGUCCGGCCCUCGUGGUACAUGGGCGGCUUCAUGAUGGCCUGGGCCAUCGUCAGCUGCCUGACGGCGCUCGCGCGCUCCUACGUCGACCUCGCGCUCACCCGCUUCUUCCUGGGCGUCGUCGAGGCGCCGUACUACCCAGGCGCGCUGUACAUCCUGAGCAUCUUUUACACGCGCAAGGAACUAGCGAUGCGCAUCAGCGUGCUCUACUCGGGCAACAUCCUGGCGACGGCGUUUGCGGGGCUGAUUGCGGCGGGCGUGUUUGACGGGCUGGAUGGUGUUCGAGGGUUGGCGGGCUGGCGGUGGCUGUUUAUCCUGCAGGGCGCGGUGACGGUGGUGGUGGCGGCGGUGUCGUGCUUUACGCUGCCGGACGAGCCACGGAAUACGCGCUGGUUGACGCCGGAGGAGCGGCAGCUGGCGCAUGAGCGCAUCGCGCGGGAUACGGUGGACUACCGGGCCGUUACGAGUCCGUGGACCGGUCUCCGGGAGGCCAUUGUUGAUGCGCGCGUGUGGGUAUUCAUGUACAUGCAGCACAUGCACCUCGCCACCAACGGCUUUAAAAACUUCUUCCCAACCAUUGUCGAAACACUCGGCUUCACCCCCAAUAUCACCCUCCUGCUCACCUGUCCACCAUACCUCAUUGCCGGCAUCCUCUCCGUCGUGUGGGCGUGGUCCUCGGGCCGGCACAACGAGCGCACCUGGCACAUUACGCUGUCCAAGGCCGUCGCGCUGCUCGGUUUCGUCUUGGCCUGCGCGACGAUGAACCUCGGCGCGCGCUACUUUGCCAUGUGCGUCUUUACGAUUGGCACGUACGGCGUCAACUCGAUCCUGCUCGGCUGGGUCGGCAGCUCGUGCGGGCAGACGCGGGAGAAGAAGGCGGCUGCGCUGGCGAUUGUCAAUAUGAGCGCGAGCGUGAGCUUCAUCUGGACGCCAGUAAGUCUACCCUCUGUCUCGGUUUGUGGUGACCUGAAUGCUGACUUGUGGCAGUACUUGUGGCCCAAGUCGGACGCCCCGCGGUACGUCAUUCCCAUGGCCAGCUCGGCGGGGUUUUGCAUCGCUUGCGUGGCGGGCGCGUGGUUGAUGCGGUGGAUGCUGGUUAGGGAGAAUAGAAAGAUUCGACAGAGAGACUCGGAGGCUGUUUUGUUUUAUGCUUACUAA